AGGCACCUGGUUUCAUUUUAUCGCAUGUCAGGCAUGAGUUGAAACAUAUAAUUGACAUAGACACGUUUUAUAGAAGAGCACUAAUAUUGUUGUAUUUUGAUUUUGUACAACAUAAACAUGAGCGUUUGUUUCCCUCAUCUUGUCACUUAUUCGAUUAGAUGCUGGGAGAUGGAUUGGUAUUAGAGUAUCUUUUCGAAAAAUAGGUUGCUCCCGCACAAUGUUCUAGAUGAGGAGAGAAAAAAAUUGGAAGGCCGUCGAAAAGGAAAUGACUUAUGCAAUUACCAUUUACAAAACCCUACAAACGCACUAGUCGUUGGAUAUUAGCGGCGAUUUUUGUGUGUUUCGAUUCAGUUUUGGAAGCAAGCGAGAUAUACUGAGUUUGAGUACGCAAGGGCUGGUUGAUAUCUUGGAUAUUCACAACACGACAUUUCAUGUAUUUAACGACUAGUCUCUUCAUUCUUUCAGUUUCCGAACAUGUUGCAAUAUAUUUAUAGAUAUGGUACACUCUCUUCAAGAGUGUUUAAUAAGGCACAAGCUGGCUGUUUAGACUAUAAUUCAGAUGUUGUAUGAUUCAUUCGUUUCGUUUGUUUUUUGUUAUAAGUGUGUAUAAUCUUUUCUUUUCUAGUUUGCAUGAGGAAAAAGAUGUUGCAAGGUGGUGAUUCCAGGAACAACGGGAGCGCGUCUUCUGCUUUUGUGUUGCAAGAGGCGCGGCUAAUCUUAGGUGGUCCUCUUGAUCGCAGCGUGAGCAAUAGUUCGUCCUUCUCCACUUCAACGCGAGGUGCAAUCCAGCCCUUGCGCUUUGCCCUCCAGUAUGCGCCUCCGACACUGGUCGUGGAGUACUGCAGAACGCCGGUCGCGGGUGAUGGUGCCGCAAGCGGCAAAACCGCGAUAGUCAAGAUGAGCACAAUGGGAUCAACUGCGGAAGCUCGAUACCACCACAGCAUCGUGGUGCCGCAAGCGUCUCUAGCGCGCGCGAGCGACGAUACAGGCGUAGCGGCCCUAGAGAAGUUUUUGCGUAAAAAGUACCCCGAUUACCUGCGAGCCUCGGAUCGUCGGCAAGUACGCGGACUUCUCGCGAAGUUGCGCUCUGGCGUGUGCGGCACUGGUGCAGGGACGAAUACCAAUAGCAAACAGCCUGCAUGGCCAGGAACGCACAACGCUGUGGCCGGUAACACGACAAUGCUAAAUUUGCAGCACAGUGGCUUCACGUCGCUCAAUAAUUCGGUCAGCACGCCAAUCGAUGCCAGCACACCCCUCAAUUUCACGAACAACAACAGCACAACUUUGAUUAGCACCCCGGCUAGCACUACGCUUAUGGAUAACAGUACAAUUUCCACGCGCACGCAGUGCAAUUCGAAAGACGGACCGCUCCCGAACUCUUGCUCCUCCACGCCGCUCAACCUUGUCACCUCCAGUUCGUCGAGCCCCCUGAACAGCAGUAGCCUGUCCCAGCCGCUACCUGGAACGUCUAGCAUCGCAGCUUCAGGCCCCGCCUCCAUUGAGUCCGCAAAUAAUGGCAGCAACAUGCAACUGGUAAACAACAGCUCAAACCACAAGCUUGCCCGCAACCGUUUGAGUCUAUUAUGUCGAGAGCACAUCUUCAACUUCAGCCCUGUAAAGAAUGGUAGAACGACGCACUUCACUAGAGGUCCAGUGGAUGUCAAAAGUGGCAACAUUUUGAGACGUGAAUACUUUAAAAUUCUUCAUGUACUACCUUACUACAAAUGUGAUCUCAUUGUACAAUCAUAAUAAUUCAUCGUGCCUUUAAAAACGCGCAUCUGCUAUUAUCCUUAUUUUUACUCUGAAUUUGAAUACCAAUAGCUUCAACUCUAGGCUCCUCUAAAUCAUUCCGAUGCAGUGACGAGUUCACCUAUUGAAGGGAGUGAUGUGACUUCGCAGGUGACGCCGAUGGGAGCGCAUAGCGGUUACCACGCAUUCACGAACAGCGCCGCCGCACCUGGAAGUGAGACUCGCGGUGCACUGGACAGCCGUGACCCGCUCUUCAGCAUGCGCCGCAGCCCAAAGGGGUCCAGCCAAGGCAGCCCUGUCUUCUCGGAAAAUUAUGAUGUGACGGUCUUUGUGCCAAGUCUAAUGAGAAAGACUCUCAAGCUCCAUUGCAAGCAGCAGAAGCUUAGUCUGUAUCUGAUUCUAUGUAUCUUUGCUUUUGCAAAAAUAGUUCCGACUAGCUGAUAUGCAUGAUCGUAGCCCAAUGUUUAUAUCAAGAGGUAGACGACGUGUUUAUAUCAGUGGACCUCUAAUUCGUAUCGUUUGCUGAAAAUCUGUUGACUACGAACCCGCCAACUCGCACUGCACAGUUGGAAUUGAUAAAUGCCAGUUCCAAAGCAGGCAUUGGUAUGCCACAUCAUUUGAACAGUUUAAGCAAGGAGAGCACUACGAGUAAGGAGUCGACAGCGUCGAACCAGAAGGUAGACACUUCGGCUGCAUCUGAUGUUGACGUUGACGGUGCGGCACGAAGUAAUGCUAAGGAUGUAGUCGAUGUAGAUCAUGAUCAUCAAGCUGCUGAUGUGGAGCCAGAGAGAAGUACCACAGAGGAACCCGCAAUGGAUUCAACAACUGAGGAAAAGGGUACAGCGGACAAGGUUGAGGGAGGUGCUCCGGUUAACGUCGCAUCCGCGAAUGCUUUUGUUCCACCACCACGCGGCGCGAAGCCGCUGCUUGGUGCCCUGCCGCCGCUGCAGCGGGGCGGCGGAGACAAGUUGCGCGACUUGCCACCUCUGGGCUCAGCAGCUUUGAAGACGUCAGGUUUUUUUCAGCGACUAGGUAGUGGAGAUUUUUCCGAUUCCUCACGUGACGCAGCUCUAGGUCCUGGUGGAGCGAGCGCCAGCACGACGACGCCCGGCACGCCUGACCUGGUGCAAAACAAGGUGGUGCAACCCAAGGCGGUCACGGCGGCACUGUCAAUUGAUGGCACAGAUGAUGCAAUUACGGGGUCACCUCCAACUUUCAAGGUCGUCGAUGCAGACCCCGUAUCCACGCCUCUUGGAGUACCAGAUGAAAUUGAUGAGGCACCUCUUGGUGCGGAUGAGAGCGCAGUAGUUGUAGCAGAAAAUACCGAUGCGGACAUAAUAGAAAAAACUAAUGAAGUUGUAGAAGGUCACGUCGAGGACAUAGAUCAUGUAGAGGGUGCGGACGAGCAGAUGGACAAGGAGAUUGAGCCAAGUGAAGUAAAAAAACCAAAGGGAAGCGUAUUCGAAGUGGUGACACUAGCAAGUAAGCAGGGACCUUCGGUGGCUGUGUGCUCUGACGUGAGUUCAGAUAUGCUUGACGAACCAGAGGACUAUGUGCUUAUCAACAACAGCGACAAUGAAAAACAAUCAGGAAGAGAUGAGGUCGAGAAUGCUUUAAAAGUAAAAAAAGAUGCACCUGACGAUGUGCAAGAUGAUAAAGACCAUAGAACAAAUGCAGUGUCAAAGACAGCGACCUCUUCUCCACGAUCGCCGGGACCAAACAACUUUUUCCUUACAAGAUUAGACGACGAUGAAGAAGAAAAAACAGGAAAGAACACAAUCACAUCAAAACUAGAAGAUGACGCCGAUGAAGACCCAUUCCUCAGAGACGACGAGGCCAAGGACGUUAUAUCUGCGGUAGAAAAAUUUGACGAUGAUGAUGAGGUAGAACAAGAUGAUGCGUCGCAAAUGCAGAGACAUACGAGUGAUAUUGAUGAUGAUAAAGAUCUCAGUAAAAAGAAUGAGGCAGCCACGACUUUGUCGCCUGUAGCUGCUGUGACGAUCGCUCCGCCAAUUUCUCAAGCGGAAAAGAAAGCGUCUGACGCGUCGUCUAAUGAGGAUUUUGAGGACGAUUUUGAAAGCGAUGGUCCUCCAAGUCCGGAAAUCGAGGAGGACAUCAUCGUUGAGGAAGAUGAGGAUGACGACGCGUUGAGAAUAGGCUUAGACACAUCUUCCGGCAAUGCAGCUGUAAAAUCUCCUGCGAUCAUAGACUUCGAGAACAUAUUCGCAGCAGAUGAUGACGACGCUGAAGAGAGCCCGAAAUCACCUCAAAAUGAUAGUCAGGGCUUACUUGCCGCUGCUGCUGAGAACAAGGUUGGAGAAGCACCUGGACAAGAACCAACUGCUGCGACAAGCAAGACCACAGACGCUGGUGGUCGAGUAAAAGAGGCACCACUGAAAACGGGACUCCAAGAAAUACCUUCAUCGGUUUACAGCCUCUUCAAUAUUCCUCCAAGUGAGGAUUUAGACCUGAUCAUCGAGGAGGACGAUUUCCGACUCUCCGGUGACGACUCCAUUACAGCGUGUUUACAAGCAUUUGUGAUUGCUACUCUGCUUUCGACGCGAUGGAAAAAGGAUCCCGAAGCGUGGGCGGAAAGUACUUCCUAUACCCAGUAUCUUUGAUGUUAGAGAUAGAGACAGAACGAUCAUUUUCUUUGCCUACCACAUCUGAUCGAUACCGGACAACUAGGACAUCUUUCAACCAUAACAUCUCUCAUGCUUUUCUUUGAGUCCCCACACGGUUCAAUGAAGCACAAAAUUUCUCCAGGUGCAUCGGAAGAAGAGAGGACAAAGCUGCUGGCGGAGGCCACCCGUGUCUGCCUCACACAAAGCUGCAGUGAAGACGAGGGGAAAAGUGUAAGUUUCCCAACCAAUGCCAUGUUUUUUCGGGAGUAUGAUGCCAAAGACCCACUACCUAUUGCAGACGAUUUCACCACCGAAAAACUCGUGCUCUCAGCUCUUUUGACGUACAAAAUUAGAUGAUGGGAUACUUGACUAGUCUACUCUACUGUGCCGUGGGUAGUCGUUAGAUUCAUUUUCAUUCCUUUGGACACGAUAGGUGAAUUCGUGUGCCUAUGCCUGAGUACUCUUUCUUGGCGCAGCAUGUGACCGUAAUGUUAAUAUUUGUUUUUGUUUGUCCACUGGCAGGCAUGGAAUCGAAGCAGCACAAGCGAUAUUGGGUAAAGGUGCAUGCGACGGCGCUGCAUUGACGAACCUGUUGCUGACUGGCAGUCCUGCGCCUUUCUGCUUCGAUGGAAAACGGGAGGGUGGCUCCACAGGGUUCACGGGAGGCCUUUCUGGAUCCACAUCAGGGACGAGUUCUGGGAGUGGCGCUGCUGCGAAGAGUAAGAGCCUACAAGCCAUAGCAGAUGGGGACGGUCAAGCGGGUGCCGCGACACAACUGGGCGUUGAGAAACGGUCGUACGUCGGAUUCCUCUCAAAAUUCUGCGAAGUCGGCGACUAUUUGAAGAACCCUAUCAUGCCGGUUUGGGUGCUGCAAGAAACAAACGACAAAUAUUCGGUCCUCUAUGCGAAGGACGAGUCUCUUGGAUCGGGUGAUAUUAUGAAAAAAUAAACGUCCUGGGAACAUUUUGAUAAGCGAGGCGGGACGAGAUGUAGUUAAGUACUCUCAAUUUAGAUUUACUUUGUCUAAUGUGCAAGACGAAAAGGAUGACGCUAGCGAUGCAGGGAGUGUUGCGAGCGAAUCAGGUGUGGACUUGGUUCUAGUCAAUAGUCGCGACGCGCUGCUCUGCAGGCCCGAGAAAGUAUCCUUGCGUGCUCACCACUUAGCGCAACCCGCUACCGGCGAUGAAGAGGCAGACUGGCGGAAGGCGAAAGUCAACGCACUUUUGCGCCUCAAAUGGGGAGAUCGUGCUGGGAUACAGUGGCUGGACGAAGAUGACGCCUAA